ACACCUCUAGGUUUGGAGAACUGAAAUCCGAAAUCCCCUUUUUUGGAAAAAAAAAAAAGAUUUCCUUUCUCCUCUUUCUUCUUCCUUAAGCCAUUGAAAAAACUCAGUUUCUCUCUCCUCUAUAUCAACAAUGGCGGCUACUACGUCGCGCCAUCAACGCUCUCACUCACCUUCUGGAAAAUUCUGUGCAUCCUCCAUUUCCUCAUCUUCUUCCUUUGCUUCAUCUUCUCCAACUUUCUCAUCGCAAUCCGAAAAUCUCUUCCACCGAUCAUCCUCCCCUACACGAGUCAGCAUCUACGGCUCCUCUCCUCAAACGACGUCGUCAUCGGUCCGAUUCUCAAUCGAUAACCGACCGACGUCGCCGAACAGAUCCUUCGCCGCCGUUAACCGGAAUCGGAAUCCGUUUCCGGCGACAACAGGGAAGAAGAAAACAUGUUUAUGUUCUCCGACAACACAUCCAGGCUCAUUCCGGUGUAGCUACCACAAGAAUCUGGAAGCGAAGAAGCAGAAUACGGUGUCGUAUCAGCCGAACCGGUUGAACAUGCGGCGAUCCGCGAUGACGAACUCGUUGGUGAGAAUCGGUACAGUGGAAGGCGGUGAGUGGGUGAAACGCGCUCUUGCGACGUUGAUCCGUCCUUGCGCGCACCAGCAAAGACGGCGAUCCGAUUUCCAACCGCGACCGAGUCGACUCAGUGCGAUGUCGAAGGCGGAAGAUGGUUGAAUUUGUUUGUUGUUGUUGUAUGUACAGGAGCGGUGGAAGCGGCGCCCGAGUUGACUCACUGAGUCGUGGAUCGGUGCAUCCGCGUUGACUCAGUGACUGAGUUGAUGCUGAGUUGUUUCGCCGAGUUUUUGUUUUUGAUUUUCCCUUUUUUUUUUGUGUGUAUAGAAAUCCUCCCAAGAUCCGAAUAUUUUUACAGGACGUAGUGGUUGUUAUGCAUUUACUAAAAUUAAAUUACUAGAUCUCUUGAAAGUCUUGAGUCAAGUCAUAGUACCUGUUUAUUUUUAUCAAAUGAAUGGUGAAUUUGAAUUUACUAGUAGUU